UAGUCGAGAAUGAUUUUUGUCAAUAUUAUAUUUUGUCUGCUCUAUUGCAGCUCGACCUUUCAAACAGCAAUCAGUGAUAGCAGCAAAACAAAAACCACUCUCGGCGAUACUUUGACAGGAGGCAAGUGCCACAACGUUCACUUCAACAACUAUUAUUCCGGAGCAGCAAGUAAGGACAUCAAGGCACAUCUUCUCAAAAUCGAGAAUCAACUCGCAAAAUUAGAGAAAAAAAUCGAGGCUUUGACGGAGAACAAAACAACUCCGCCAGUUAUGAAAAACUGCGCUGAUCUGUAUAAAUCCGGCCAAAGAGUCAGUGGAGUUUACACAGUCGACCCCGAUGGUUCAGGUUCGUUUGAUGUGUUUUGCGACCAAAAAUCUGCCGGUGGGGGCUGGACAGUGUUCCAGAAGAGACUCGAUGGCUCCGUUGAUUUCAAUAACCGCGGCUGGGCGGACUUCAAACGUGGCUUCGGAAACCUGAAUGGUGAGUUUUGGCUCGGACUGGACAAGAUACACCGCCUGACGAAAACAAAGAGCAGACUGCGAGUGGAGCUUGAAGACACGCAAGGAAAGACAGCUUACGCCGAAUAUGACAUGUUCUCUGUUUCGAGCGAAAGAAACAAAUAUAGACUUGGCCUUGGAAACUAUACCGUUAAAUGUGAUUUUGUCGCAGGAACUGCUGGUGAUUCUCUGAGCUAUCAUCGUAAUAUGGCAUUCUCCACCAAAGAUCGCGACAAUGAUAAUUACUCGGCCAACUGCGCGGCACAUUAUAAUAGCGCCUGGUGGUAUAAUAAUUGUGUGAGUGCCAACUUAAACGGCUACUAUUACCACGGUUCGCACAAGUCCGGCUAUACUGGUGUCAACUGGUAUAAGUGGAAGGGUCAUAGCUACUCCGCUAAGAGAGCUGAAAUGAAGAUCAGGCCCGUGGACUUUUAAGCUAAAAACAUUCACAAACAAGGGAAUACACUACAUCAACUAUAGUUUAUCAGCUCUUCUACACAGUUGAGUGACAUGGGAUAAAAAUCAAUGUAAUGACGGUGAUAGUUGAAUGGGGCAGACACAAAGUUUUGGGUUUAAUAAAAAAUAGAGAAAA